AGCAGCUAGCCGCGAUCGGAGUAAGAACACAAAACGCGAUAAAAACCAAAGUUCGAACCCCGCCAAAAAAACAAAAGACAAAGCCAAAAAUUAUAUUGGCUUUGCUUUCCCAAAAAACAACAAAAGUGCUGAAAUAUUUUAUACAAUUAUAAAAUUUAGUCAAUAAUUAUGUUUGUGAACUUUAAAGUGGCGGCUGGCCUGCUGCUAGUGGUGAUCCAGCUGGGUCUGGUGGUUCAGGCCUUUGAUCAUACACUGAAAUUGGAUUUCCCAGGACCAUAUUGUGCACGAGAGAAUACCUGUUGCAAGGAUCGUCGCGAUGGCUGCGCCUUGCCCAUAUCAACCUCUCUGUGUUAUUGCGAUGAGUUCUGUGAUCGUGAUGAGGGCGGCGAUUGCUGUCCCGAUUAUCGCUCCUUUUGCUUCAAGGAAGCGGAUCCCAUUAUCAGUUGUCUACACAAUGGCGUCUACUUCCACAAAUUCAACAAUACGCGGGAUAAUUGCAACGAAUGCCGCUGUCUAGAUGGCGGACGAGUGCAAUGCGACACCGAUUUGUGUCUCACAGAUGAUGAGCUCAUCCACAGUGUCAACUCGAUACACCGCUUGGGCUGGUCGGCACGCAAAUAUGAGGAGUGGUGGGGCCGCAAGUACAGUGAGGGUCUUCGCCUGCGUUUGGGCACCAAGGAGCCAACUUAUCGUGUCAAGACCAUGACAAGACUGACCAAUCCUACGGAUGGGUUGCCUGCAUCAUUCAAUGCCGUUGACAAGUGGUCGAGAUAUAUCUCCGAAGUACCUGAUCAGGGUUGGUGUGGCUCCAGUUGGGUAUUGUCCACCACUUCGGUGGCCUCUGAUCGUUUUGCCAUUCAGAGUCAGGGCAAGGAAGUUGUCCAAUUGUCGCCACAGAAUAUUCUCUCAUGUACACGCCGCCAGCAGGGAUGCGAGGGUGGUCAUUUGGAUGCUGCCUGGCGCUAUCUCCACAAGAAGGGUGUCCUGGAUGAGAGCUGUUAUCCCUAUACCCAGAGCAGGGGCACCUGCAAGGUGCGUCACAGUGGUUCACUCAAGGCCCAUGGCUGUCGACCAGCUCCUGGUGUUGAUCGCGAUAGUCUCUAUACAGUGGGCCCCGCCUACAGUUUGAGUCGUGAGGCUGACAUCAAGGCUGAGAUCUUUCAUUCUGGUCCAGUUCAGGCCACCAUGCGGGUAUACAGAGAUUUCUUCUCCUAUUCCGGUGGAAUCUAUCGUCAAACGGCGGCCAAUCGUGGAGCACCAACUGGUUUCCAUUCUGUCAAAUUGGUUGGCUGGGGUGAAGAGCACAACGGUGAUAAAUAUUGGAUUGCCGCCAAUUCCUGGGGUCCUUGGUGGGGUGAACGUGGAUAUUUCCGAAUUCUACGUGGUUCCAAUGAAUGCGGCAUUGAGGAUUAUGUGCUGGCCUCUUGGCCCUAUGUCUACAACUAUUACAACACAAAAUCUGUCUAAAAUGAGAAAAACAAAAACUAUCUAACUACCACGCCCAGCGAAUUCUAAAAAAAAAAACAAAAACAAAACCGAGUAAUCUCGAGUAGUUAUGAUACAACAAAGAGGAGAAAAAAAAAACAUCAACAACAACAAAUUAAAAACUAAAAUGAAUUAUCUCAUGCUUCUGAAAAUUUUCCAUUUAUAUUAUGGCACCACUCAAAGUGAAUUAGGCGCUUUCUAUUUUGUAAAUUUUUUUAUAUAACCUAUGCUUAUUAUGCUUAGAAAUUUUAGUAACUAAAAAUGUUUAGAUUUAAGUGUAAAGCAACCACCACCUAGCACAACCACCAAGAACACCACCAAUACCACCACCACCACCACCAGACUCUGAUUCAAACCUAGACCCAGCAAACGAAUCCUUUCAUCCUUAAGGAUAACCUACAUCUAUAUAUAUAACACGAAACUGCCACCUUGAUAACUCCACACUGCUCCAUCCAUUCAAAAACAAAACUCCCAACUCCCAGAAACUGCCUGCUUGUGAUCGAUGGAAGGAUAUUUACUAUCUAUAUACUAUAUAUAUGUAUAUUUAGAUGGCCAAUAGAUGAGUUUAGAAUGUGUGUGUAUAUUUUAUGAGAGAUCUCAUUGCGCAAAAUACGAUAUGUAUACUUCUGGCAAUGAACAAAAAGAAAAAAGAAGAAAAACAAAACAAUGAUAAGAAUUGUACUUGUAUUUGUAUUGUAAAAUGGAUGCUAAGUUAUGUAAUUGAUUAAUAAACGAAUUAUCAUACAU